CGAUUUGGAAUGUGGGCGGCUUCCUCUUUAUCCCACGGACACGCGGUGGUCGUCUGGGCCGUCCUCUGAGGACUCAAGCAGUGGGUAGAGGACGGCUGACCGGCAACGCUGAUCUUUCAGCCGUUGCUGCUGUUGAGCAGGCUUGAGUUGGGCAAGGUCACCAUACUACAGCAUGACAAAUUUGUCCAGUUAUAUUUAGCCUUGUUGCCUAAACGACGCGCCGUGGAUUAUGCCCUGGGUCUCUCGGGUUUCGUCUUGAAGAGGCUGGCGGGGGUGCUUGUGAGGCGGGUGACUUGUAGCAGGCUCCUCAGGUGUUUGAAGUUGGAAGCCACUGAGGGCAGUGGUCUGAGGGCACCAUGGAUGCCCUGGCACUAGAGGCGAAGGGCAAGGAUGAUGCUUCAGCUGCCCCUGCUGCCACUACCAAAAGACCAAAGCAACCGAAAAAAGCUAAAAGAAUCGUUUACUUUGAGUUGGAAAUAUUGCAUGCAAAGACAAAGGAAAAACUACUUCUCCUGGACAAGGUGGAGCCAACGGCAACCAUUCUGGAUAUAAAGUCCAUGUUCCAUAAAUCAAAUCCACAGUGGUAUCCUGCCAGGCAGUCAUUAUGCUUAGACCCAAAGGGAAGGUCACUCAAAGAUGAAGACAUCCUUCAGACCCUUCCUGUUGGAACCACAGCCACAUUCUACUUCAGGGACCUGGGAGCUCAGCUCAGCUGGGGAACAGUGUUUCUGGCAGAGUGUGUUGGACCCCUCAUCAUUUACCUGAUGUUUUACUUCAGACUCCCUUUCAUCUAUGCUUCUAGAUAUGACUUCACCACCCCCAAAAACUGGGUUGUACACCUUGCCUGCAUAUGCCACUGCUUCCACUAUGGCAAAAGGAUCCUUGAGACCAUGUUCGUGCACCGAUUCUCCUCCGGCACCAUGCCUCUCCGCAACAUAUUCAAGAACUGUUCCUAUUACUGGUUCUUUGCAGCAUGGAUGGCUUACUACAUUAACCAUCCACUUUACACUCCACCAACAUAUGGGGAGCAGCAAGUCAAAACUGCUGUUAUGAUAUUUCUGUUUUGUCAGUUAGGAAGCUUCUCCAUCCAUAUUGCCUUACGCAACCUUAAGCAACCUGGCUCGAAGGUGAAGAAGAUCCCUUAUCCAUCUAAGAAUCCUUUCACGUGGAUCUUUUGGGUUGUCUCUUGUCCGAAUUACACUUACGAGUGUGGCACCUGGGUCGGCUUCGCAGUGAUGACCCAGUGUCUGCCCGUGGCCGCCUUCACCAUCGUGGGCUUCAUCCAGAUGACAGUGUGGGCAAGAUGCAAGCAUCGCAGCUACCUGAAGGAGUUUCGUGACUACCCCACCCUGCGCUCUUCCAUCCUGCCCUUCAUUCUGUAGCCCACGACAGACCCGGGGGGGGGGGGGGGGGGGG